AUGGCGAAUCCAUUGCACAGCGAUGCGGCCAUCAGAUUCAAAGAGAACGAUCCCGACCCAGAUCCGACUGAAAUAGAGUCUGGAUCAGAGAGAAAAACUGUUGGUGAUUUGGAAGACAGAGAACUAGACCGCCAACGUUUGGAACGACGGGCAUUAUGGAAACUCGAUCUAACGGUCAUCCCAAUCGUAGCAAUGUUCUACUUCUUGAGCUUUCUGGACCGAUCUAACCUGGGAAAUGCCCGGAUCGCAGGGCUUCAAUCCUCUCUUCGUCUGUCUGAUCACCAGUACUCGAUUGCCUUGACAGUUACCUACAUUCCUUACAUUAUCGCCGAAAUUCCUGCAAACCUGCUGCUGAAGAAGCUUGGGCCGAAUUACUUUUUGCCUGGAAUUGUGACUUGCUGGGGCCUGAUCACAACAUUACAAGGCUUUGUCAGAAACUACUCCGGCUUGAUUGCCGCUCGAUUCUUCCUGGGGCUGGUCGAAGGCGGGAUGUUUCCUGCAAUUGUGUUAUACCUUUCAUUUUUCUAUACGAGACGCGAGCUGCAGCUGCGGAUAGCUUUGUUUUUCUCCUCUGCCUCCUUGUCCGGCGCGUUCUCUGGCUUACUCGCAUACGGGAUCGUAAGGUUGGAUGGUACAGGAGACCUGGCUGGAUGGUCUUGGAUUUUUAUUAUUGAAGGUCUAUUCACUUUCUUUUGGGGUGUGCUCUCCUUUUUUAUCUUCCCGGCCUCGAUUGACAAAAGCAGAUAUCUGACAGCGAAUGAGAAGGCUACACUGAAAACACGGCUGGUCAGGGACCGUCCGAUGGUAGACGAUGAACUCGAGCGAUUCUCUCUGACCGAGCUUCUCGCAUCUUUGAAAAGCCCCCACGUCUUGAUCAACUGCGUCUCCCUCUUCAUGUCGGGAACCGUACUAUACAGUCAGGCAUACUUCCAGCCUACCAUUGUCAACAGUUUAGGAUACUCGGCCUCCCGCAGUCAAUUAAUGAGUGUUCCGCCAUUUGUGGUUGCAUUUGUUGUGAUGCUUGCCACGGCGUACAUAUCUGACAAAUACUGCUCGAGAGGGUUUGUAACUAUCGGAUGUGCAUUCGCUGGAAUGAUAGGCUUCAUCUUGUUUCACAUAGCCGAUGAAGAUCAGAUGUCGUUGAAGUAUGGCUCCCUGUUCAUCUCGCUUUCUGGGGUUUACUCCACGAUCCCUCCGCUCAGCGCAUGGCAAUCCAACAACAGCGAAUGUCAUUAUCGAAGGGCUUCCUCAAUUGCACUUGGCUUCAUAGCUAGCAACCUGGGCGGAAUACUUAGUACCUGGAUCUUUCCUCAAUCCGAAAAGCCAGGAUAUCGCACUGGAACGCUCAUUGGUCUUAGCUUUUGCGCUGGAAUGAUUGCAACGGUGUCCUGCAAUUUGAUUUGGCUGAAGUCGGCAAACCGGUCAAAGGUUGCUGAACGAGAAAAACUUCUCAAAGAUUACCCUAACCAUGAUCAGUGUUCUCACCCCGAUAAUAAAAGGGCCUGUCGACAGGCUUGGACCGAUCUAGGUGAUCGUCAUCCAGAUUUUAAAUAUACUUAUUAG